AUAUCUCAUCCAAAAAAGAGUAUAGACUGCAAAAUCAGUUGUCUGAACCAUGAUCACUCAAAACCUCAUCUUCCUCACCACUUCAUCUCUCUUCAUUCUCUCACUACUCCAUAAUUUGUUUCAAACUUGUAAUGCCAACUCUUAUUGCAGUCCUUCUGCGUGUGGCAUCUUUCCCAAUAUCAGCUCCCCUUUCCACCUCAAGGGCGAUCCCAGCAACUGUGGUGAUCGCAGAGUUGAGUUAGCCUGCGAAAACAAUGUGACCUCCAUCUAUCUCAACUCUCACAAAUACUAUGUCAAAGCCAUCAACUACAGCAACGCCGCCAUCAGGCUGGUCGAUGCUUCCAUAAACAAUGACGACAUCUGCUCUUUUCCCACCGUCUCUCUAUACCAGCGUCCUCUUCCUUGCUCUAUUCCGCGUUAUUCUACCUCUCCUAUUAAUUUUGUAAACUGCCCAAAUCCCUUGGCCAAUUCUUCCCUUUUUACUGAUAUCACUAAUCAUUGUGCCUCUAAUUCAUCCCUUCCCACUCCCAGAUAUGCUUAUAUCAAGGUCGGCCACAUGAAUGCUUCAGAGUUACCACAUAGGUGCGCUGUACAUCUCAUAGUGUUGACAUCGUGGCAUUUUAAGGAUUUGAAGAACGUCGUUUCGCUUUCAGAAAUCCACCAAUCUCUCUUGUAUGGAUUUGAGCUCGUCGUCUGCCCCAGCUGGUUCUGCGCAGCAUCCACGAGCAUAAUUGUAGUCUUUUUCUAUAGUAUUAUCCCAAUUCUUCUGGUCAUUAUAGGUCUGUUAUGUGCAGCGAUAAGCCCUCCUGUCUUCACCAUCUUUGGAUUCGCCGCUGUAUCAUAUCUCUUAUAUUAUGCACCAAGUCUCUUUUUCAACGUCAUAAUUACUGACCAGGACACACGAACUUAUUUUCUACCUGCCCUCGUCUUAAGUAUCAUCAUCUUUGCAUCAAGGAUCAUCACUUUCCCUUUGGCGGCGUGGCUCUUGAUUUACAAAUUCCGAACAAGGCAUUUGUCCUUAGAUGAGGGGAUUGAAUCCUUCCUACAUAGUGACAACAAUCUCACGCCAAUCAGAUACUCCUAUUCAGACUUAAAGAAGAUAACACAAGGUUUUCGAAAUAAACUAGGUCAAGGAGGCUACGGUUCUGUUUACAAAGGAAAGCUCCGAAGUGGCCUUCAUGUUGCUGUCAAACUGCUCGAAAAGUCUGGGGGAAAUGGUAAAGACUUUAUGAAUGAAAUAGCAACUAUUGGAAGGAUACACCAUGUCAAUGUGGUGAACCUAGUUGGAUAUUGUGCACAUGGCUCCAAGCGUGCCCUUGUCUAUGAUUUCAUGCCCAAUGGUUCCCUUGAAAAAUACCUCUUCAAUCGAGAAAAAAUGAACUUGUUGAAUUGGAAUAUAAAAUUUGAGAUUGCAGUUGGAGUUGCUCGUGGGAUUGAGUACUUGCAUCGAGGCUAUGAUGUUCAGAUCCUCCAUUUUGACAUCAAACCUCAUAAUAUACUUCUCGAUCAUAACUUCAAUCCCAAAAUAUCUGAUUUUGGACUAGCAAAGUUAUGUUCUACAGAUAAGAAGACAGUGACAAUGACUGCUGUUAGAGGAACCAUAGGGUAUGUUGCUCCUGAACUCAUCAGCAGAAGUAUUGGUGCAGUCUCUAACAAGGCUGAUGUUUAUAGUUUCGGAAUGUUGUUGGUUGAGAUGGUGGGCUUAAAGAGAGACUUGAGCGGAAACAAUGGUGAUUCCACCAAGUAUUUCCCGUAUUGGAUAUAUGACUGUUUUAACCAAGGCAAUGACAUUGAAAUUGGAAAUGCUGAUGAAAAUGAUAGUACGAGGAAAGUUGGUCGGAAGAUGACAAUAGUUGCAUUAUGGUGCAUACAAAUGAAUCCAGAUGAUCGUCCAUCAAUGAAUAAAAUAUUGGAAAUGUUGGAAGGUGAUGUGGAGCGUCUGCAGAUUCCAAAUUAUCCAUCUCAAUCUACCCAAAUUGUAGAUGAAACUGGAAUUACAUAUUCGACCUAUUCUAUAUCUUCCAUACGUGAUGAUGAUCUUUCGUCAUCUAUGGAGAUUACUGUUCAACAGUGACAUUCUGCAACAACAGUCAUGGGUUGUGAACAACAUCGAAAAAUUGGAAGAGAAUAAAGAAGAAAAUGAGGAAUUAGAGCUCCAUGUGGAGAACAAGAAAGAUGGGAUUUUUAUGUAUCUUGCAUUUGUUCAAGAUGGUGGGGUCAAAAUUGAAUGCAAGGGGAAUUAAUCUGAGCCACUUGUUGCUGAGAAGAAUUAUAGCCGUGGAUAGAGAAGUUGUCUUUGGGAGAUACUAUUGUUUAUUUGUUGUUUCCUUUAUUUUAUCACUUUUUAUGUUUCAGUAGGGGACCACCUUGAUAUUAUAUCAAUUGUGUGGCUGCUAGGUUUUGGGAAAAUCAAUGAGAAUUAACUUAUCUUCUUCAUCCA